GGAGGAAAACCCCUGAUGCUCCUGGCCUGGCCACGAAACACAGCAAUGGAGGAAACAGCUAUAUGGGAACAACACACAGUGACUCUUCACAGGGCUCCUGGAUUUGGAUUUGGAAUUGCAAUAUCUGGUGGAAGAGACAACCCUCAUUUUCAGAGUGGGGAAACUUCCAUAGUAAUUUCAGAUGUGCUGAAAGGGGGACCCGCUGAAGGACAGCUACAGGAAAAUGACCGAGUUGCAAUGGUUAAUGGAGUUUCAAUGGACAAUGUUGAACAUGCUUUUGCUGUUCAGCAACUAAGGAAAAGUGGGAAGAAUGCAAAAAUUACCAUUCGGAGGAAGAAGAAAGUUCAGAUACCAGUUAGUCGUCCUGAUCCUGAACCGGUAUCUGGGAAUGAAGAAGAUAGUUACGAUGAGGAAGUCCAUGACCCAAGAAGCAGCCGUGGCGGUCUGGUCAGUAGAAGGAGUGAGAAGAGUUGGGCAAGGGAUAGAAGUGCAAGCAGAGAGAGGAGUUUGUCCCCACGGUCUGAUAGGCGAUCUGUGGCCUCCAGUCAACCUGCCAAACCCACCAAAGUUACAUUGGUGAAAUCCCGGAAAAAUGAAGAAUAUGGUCUUCGAUUGGCCAGCCAUAUAUUUGUAAAGGAAAUUUCACAAGAUAGUUUGGCAGCAAGAGAUGGCAAUAUUCAAGAAGGCGAUGUUGUACUAAAGAUAAAUGGUACCGUGACAGAAAAUAUGUCACUGACAGAUGCAAAAACAUUGAUAGAAAGGUCUAAAGGCAAGUUAAAAAUGGUAGUUCAGAGGGAUGAACGGGCUACCCUAUUGAACGUCCCUGAUCUUUCUGACAGUAUCCAUUCUGCUAAUGCCUCUGAGAGAGAUGACAUUUCAGAAAUUCAGUCACUGGCCUCAGAUCAUUCUGGUCGAUCACAUGAUAGACCUCCCCGCCACAGCCGGUCACGAUCACCUGACCAGCGGUCAGAGCCUUCUGAUCAUUCCAGACACUCUCCACAGCAGCCCAGCAGUGGCAGUCUCCGGAGCAGAGAGGAAGAGAGAAUUUCUAAACCUGGGGCUGUCUCAACUCCUCUGAAGCAUGCGGAUGAUCAUACACCUAAAACGGUAGAAGAAGUUGUAGUUGAGAGAAAUGAGAAACAAGCGCCCACUCUUCCAGAACCAAAGCCUGUGUAUGCUCAAGGUGGACAACCAGACGUGGAUUUACCUGUCAGUCCGUCUGAUGGCGUCCUGCCUAAUUCAACUCAUGAAGAUGGGAUUCUCCGGCCCAGCAUGAAAUUGGUAAAAUUCAGAAAAGGAGAUAGUGUGGGUCUGCGCCUGGCUGGUGGAAAUGAUGUUGGAAUAUUUGUAGCUGGUGUUCUAGAAGAUAGCCCUGCAGCCAAAGAAGGCUUAGAAGAGGGUGAUCAAAUUCUCAGGGUAAACAAUGUAGAUUUCACAAACAUCAUAAGAGAAGAAGCUGUCCUUUUCCUGCUCGACCUCCCUAAAGGAGAAGAAGUGACCAUAUUGGCUCAGAAGAAGAAAGAUGUUUAUCGUCGCAUCGUAGAAUCAGAUGUAGGAGAUUCUUUCUAUAUUAGAACCCAUUUUGAAUAUGAAAAGGAAUCUCCCUAUGGACUUAGUUUUAACAAAGGAGAGGUGUUCCGUGUUGUGGAUACCUUGUACAAUGGGAAACUAGGCUCUUGGCUCGCUAUUCGAAUUGGUAAAAAUCAUAAAGAAGUAGAACGAGGCAUCAUCCCUAACAAGAACAGGGCUGAGCAGUUAGCCAGUGUACAGUACACACUUCCAAAAACAGCUGGGGGAGACCGUGCUGACUUCUGGAGAUUCCGGGGUCUUCGCAGUUCCAAGAGAAAUCUUCGAAAGAGCAGAGAGGAUUUGUCAGCUCAGCCAGUUCAAACAAAGUUUCCAGCCUAUGAAAGAGUUGUUCUUCGAGAAGCUGGAUUUCUGAGGCCUGUAACUAUCUUUGGACCCAUAGCUGAUGUUGCCCGAGAAAAGCUGGCAAGAGAGGAACCAGAUAUUUAUCAGAUUGCAAAAAGUGAACCACGAGAUGCUGGAACUGACCAACGUAGCUCUGGCAUUAUUCGCCUUCAUACAAUAAAGCAAAUAAUAGAUCAGGACAAACAUGCUUUAUUAGAUGUAACACCAAAUGCAGUUGAUCGUCUGAAUUAUGCCCAGUGGUAUCCAAUUGUAGUAUUCCUUAACCCUGAUUCUAAGCAAGGUGUGAAAACUAUGAGGAUGAGGUUAUGUCCAGAAUCUCGGAAAAGUGCCAGGAAAUUAUAUGAACGAUCUCAUAAACUUCGUAAAAAUAAUCACCAUCUUUUUACAACUACAAUUAACUUAAAUUCAAUGAAUGAUGGUUGGUAUGGUGCAUUGAAAGAAGCAAUUCAGCAACAACAGAACCAGUUGGUAUGGGUUUCUGAGGGAAAGGCGGAUGGUGCUACAAGUGAUGACCUUGAUUUGCAUGAUGAUCGUCUGUCCUACCUGUCAGCCCCAGGUAGUGAAUACUCAAUGUAUAGCACGGACAGUAGACACACUUCUGACUAUGAAGACACAGAUACAGAAGGCGGGGCCUACACUGAUCAAGAACUAGAUGAAACUCUUAAUGAUGAGGUUGGGACUCCACCGGAGUCUGCCAUUACACGGUCCUCUGAGCCUGUAAGAGAGGACUCCUCUGGAAUGCAUCAUGAAAACCAAACAUAUCCUCCUUAUUCACCACAAGCGCAGCCACAACCAAUUCAUAGAAUAGACUCCCCUGGAUUUAAAACAGCCUCUCAACAGAAAGCAGAAGCCUCAUCUCCAGUCCCUUACCUUUCGCCUGAAACAAACUCAGCAUCAUCAACCUCUGCUGUUAACCAUAAUGUAACUUUAACUAAUGUCAGACUGGAGGGGCCCACCCCAGCUCCUUCCACCUCUUACUCACCACAAGCUGAUUCUUUAAGAACACCAAGUACUGAGGCAGCUCACAUAAUGCUAAGAGAUCAAGAGCCAUCAUUGCCGUCGCAUGUAGAUCCAGCAAAGGUGUAUAGAAAAGAUCCCUAUCCUGAGGAAAUGAUGAGACAGAAUCACGUUUUGAAACAGCCAGCUGUUGGUCACCCAGGGCAGAGGCCAGACAAAGAGCCUAAUCUGAGCUAUGAAUCCCAACCCCCAUAUGUAGAGAAACAAGCCAACAGAGACCUCGAGCAGCCCACAUACAGAUAUGACUCCUCAAGUUACACAGACCAGUUUUCUCGAAACUAUGACCAUCGUCUCCGCUACGAAGAGCGCAUUCCUACAUAUGAAGAGCAGUGGUCUUAUUAUGAUGACAAACAGCCCUACCAGCCUCGGACGCCUUUUGAUAAUCAGCACCCUCGGGACCUUGACUCCAGACAGCAUCCUGAAGAGUCCUCAGAACGAGGCUAUUACCCACGUUUUGAAGAGCCAGCCCCUCUGUCCUAUGACAGCAGACCACGCUAUGACCAGCCACCUAGAACCUCCACCCUACGACAUGAAGAGCAGCCAGCUCCUGGGUAUGACAUGCACAACAGAUACAGGCCGGAAGCACAGUCCUAUUCAGUAGGCCCGAAGGCGACUGAACCCAAACAGUAUUUUGACCAAUACCCACGAAGUUACGAGCAAGUACCACCACAAGGAUUUACCUCUAAAGCAGGCCACUAUGAGCCUCUCCAUGGUGCUGCAGUUGUCCCUCCUCUAAUUCCCGCAUCUCAACACAAGCCAGAAGUUCUGCCUUCAAAUACCAAACCACUGCCUCCACCCCCCACUCUGACUGAAGAGGAGGAAGAUCCAGCAAUGAAGCCCCAGUCUGUGCUCACUAGAGUGAAAAUGUUUGAAAACAAAAGAUCUGCAUCAUUGGAGAGCAAGAAGGAUGAAAACCACACUGCUGCUUUUAAGCCUCCAGAGGUAGCAUCUAAACCUUCAGGUGCUCCCAUCAUUGGCCCUAAAGCCACUCCUCAGAAUCAGUUCAGUGAACAUGACAAAACACUGUACAGGAUCCCAGAACCUCAAAAACCUCAAAUGAAGCCACCCGAAGAUAUUGUUCGGUCUAAUCAUUAUGAUCCCGAGGAAGAUGAAGAAUAUUAUCGAAAACAGCUCUCAUACUUUGACCGAAGAAGUUUUGAAAACAAGCCUUCUACACACAUUCCUGCUGGCCAUCUCUCAGAGCCUGCCAAGCCAGUUCAUUCUCAGAAUCAACCAAACUUUUCUAGUUAUUCUUCAAAGGGAAAGUCUCCUGAAGCUGAUGGCAUGGAUAGAGCAUUUGGUGAGAAGCGCUAUGAGCCAGUCCAGGCCACUCCCCCUCCUCCCCCAUUGCCCUCCCAGUACGCCCAGCCUGCUCAGUCCAGUACCAGCUCCUCUCUUGCCCUCCACACGCAUGCCAAGGGGGCACAUGGUGAAGGUAAUUCGGUGUCGCUGGAUUUUCAGAAUUCUUUAGUGUCCAAACCAGACCCACCUCCAUCUCAGAAUAAGCCAGCAACUUUCAGACCACCGAACCGAGAAGACACUGUUCAGUCUACUUUCUAUCCCCAGAAAAGUUUCCCAGAUAAAGCUCCAGCUAAUGGAGCUGAACAGACUCAGAAAACGGUCACUCCAGCAUAUAAUCGAUUCACGCCAAAACCAUACACAAGUUCUGCCCGGCCAUUUGAGCGCAAGUUCGAAAGUCCUAAAUUCAACCACAAUCUGCUGCCAAGUGAAACGGCACAUAAACCUGACUUGUCUUCAAAAGCCCCCGCUUCUCCCAAAACACUUGCGAAAGCACACAGCGCGACACAGCCUCCUGAGUUUGACAGCGGGGUUGAAACUUUCUCCAUCCACGCGGAUAAGCCUAAAUAUCAAAUGAACAAUAUCAGCACAGUGCCUAAAGCUAUUCCUGUGAGCCCUUCAGCUGUGGAAGAAGAUGAAGAUGAGGAUGGUCAUACUGUGGUGGCCACAGCCCGAGGCGUGUUUAACAGCAAUGGUGGGGUGUUGAGUUCCAUAGAAACUGGUGUUAGUAUAAUUAUCCCACAAGGAGCCAUUCCUGAGGGAAUUGAGCAGGAAAUCUAUUUCAAGGUCUGCCGAGACAACAGCAUCCUCCCGCCUUUAGAUAAGGAGAAAGGUGAGACACUGCUGAGCCCUUUAGUGAUGUGUGGGCCCCAUGGCCUCAAGUUCCUGAAGCCCGUGGAGCUGCGCUUACCACACUGUGCGUCCAUGACUCCUGACGGUUGGUCUUUUGCUCUAAAAUCAUCCGACUCCUCGUCGGGUGAUCCUAAAACAUGGCAAAACAAGUGUCUUCCUGGAGAUCCAAAUUACCUUGUUGGAGCAAACUGUGUUUCUGUACUGAUUGACCACUUUUAAUUCUUAAAAUGGAAGGACACCAAAGCAUGUGAGACUGGUUCUGUGGCCUCUUUGGAUCUACAAAUUAACCAUAUCACCACAGACAUACUAACCAGCAGGAAUGCCUUACCCUCAUGUUUUUAAUUCUUAGAUCAUUCUCUCCAUGUAUUACUAAGUUUUUAUGGCUUUUGUGCGCAUCUAGAUACUGUAUCAUGAAAAAGAUUGAGUAAAUUGUGGAUUUGGUGGUUUCAGAAAUGUAUAAUCACCCAGAAGAAAAUAAUGGUGUGAUUUGGGGAUUUUUUUUUUCCCCCUUCAAGGGGCAGUGGUGGUUUUCUGUUCUUUUGGCUAUGCAUUUGAAAAUUUUGACGUUUUAAGGAUGCCUGUACAUAAUGCGUGCAUACCACUUUUGUUCUUGGUUUGUAAAUUAACUUUUAUAAACUUUAACUUUUUUAUACAUAAGCAAAACCAAGUUUCUUAAGGCUACCUUUGUAUUUUCUCUCCUGUACCUCUUGAGCCUUGAACUUUGACCUCUGCAGCAAUAAAGCAGCAUUUCUAUGACAUAUACAAGGUCAUUUUUUUAAGAAAAAGAAUGCACAGAGUUGUUACAUUUUUAAGUGCUGCAUUUAAAAGAUACAGUUACUCAGAAUUCUCUAGUUUGAUUAAAUUCUUGCAAAGUACCCUGACUGUAAUUUGUGAUACCAUGCUGUGCCCGAAAGUGUAUUUUUUUACUAAUAGACAAUUUAUUAUGGCACAUCAGCACGAUUUCUGUUUAGAUAAUACACCACUACAUUCUGUUAAUCAAUCAUUAGGUGUGACUGAAUUUCUUUUGCAGUUAUUAAAAAAUCUCAAAUUUCUAAAUCUGCAGAAUAAAACUUUUUAAAAUAAAGU